AUGACACCCCCCAACAAAAACGUUAUCUUCGAUGUAGUCGGCACCCUCGUCAGCUAUGAGCAUCUUUACGAAGCUAUCAAAAUUCGCCUGCGAGACAAGCUCUUUCCCCGUGGCAUUCAACCCACGCUCCUCGGAAUAUGCUGGCUAGAAAUGGCAGAGCGCGAGUCCACAUACUUAUCUCUCCACGGCCAUUACGUGCACUUCCUCAAGCUUUUUGAAGCUCUAUUCUACCGCUAUCUUCAUUACGCUGGUGUUGAGAAUCCCCGCUCUGUUGCAACUGCGGAGGAUAUUGCUUACUUGAUGGACGAGUUCAAGGAGUUGAAGCUUAGGAACGGAGCUGAAGAGUGUGUCCGGAAGCUCCGCGAUGCGGGCUUUACGGUCUGGUACUUCACGACUGGUGAUAUCUUUCGUGUUGCGGAAUAUUUCGAGAAGGCUGGAGUUGACAUGCCGGCUGAGAAUCUUCUAUCUUGUGAUACGGCUGGAGUGGCGAAGCCGUGUUCUGAGGCAUAUGGGCCUAUUUUGAAGAGGCUUUCAACUUCUGAGUCAAAGCCUUGGUUUGCGGCCGCGCAUCUUUGGGACGCUUCUGGUGCACAGUCUGCUGGGUAA